UUCAACUGUCACAUCAAUGGAGGUCGCGUAGCUCAAUCGCUUGGCACUCCCAUUUCAUAUUUUUUUCUGCAAUACAAUGAAAUAUGAACUUUAGUACAUAAAAACUGGUGAAUAUCGAGUAACUGAAUGGUGAAAAAUGAAAUUCGAGCAUUAAGUUUGUAACUGGAUUGAUUAGUCACAGAAGCAAUGUCUACCAUGUCCAGAUCUGUCCACAUCAGCCAGCAGAAGCUGGCUGAGAAGCUUAUCAUCUUGAAUGACAGAGGCAUAGGAAUGCUAACAAGAAUCUAUAAUAUCAAGAAAGCCUGUGGUGAUGCUAAAUCAAAGCCAGCAUUCCUCUCUGAUAAGACUUUAGAAUCUUCUAUAAAACAUAUUGUCAGAAGAUUCCCCAACAUUGAUGUCAAGGGACUUCAAGCAAUCACAAACAUAAGGAAUGAAAUAAUAAAAUCACUUUCACUGUAUUACUACACUUUUGUAGAUCUACUUGAUUUCAAGGAUAAUGUAUGUGAACUACUGAACAUCAUGGAUGCCUGUCAGGUGUCGUUGGAUUUGACGUUGAACUUUGAAUUGACAAAGAAUUAUCUGGAUUUGGUUACAACAUAUGUGUCCUUAAUGAUUUUACUUUCCCGUGUGGAAGACCGAAAAGCAGUCUUGGGGCUGUUUAAUGCUGCACAUGAAAUGGUUCACAAUCAAAUUGAUCCCAGCUUCCCAAGACUGGGGCAAAUGAUUGUAGAAUAUGAUGUCCCUUUGAAAAAACUAUCUGAAGAGUUUUUGCCACACCAAAAAAUAUUACUGAGUGCUUUAAAUUCAUUGUGGCAUGUAUAUCCAGCUAGAAAUUUAACAGCUGAGCAUUGGAGGUCAGAGCAGAAAUUAAGCUUAGUCAGCAACCCAGCUCUGUUGCUGAAACCAUCCGAGACCAACACAAUGUCUUGUGAAUUUUUGUCUCUAGAGGCAUUAGAAAGAUGGGUCAUAUUUGGUUUUGCUAUCUGUCACCAGAUGCUGCAGCAAGAACAUGCAAACAAGAUGUGGGUCAGUGCAUUAGAAUCUGGAUGGGUAUUGGCACUGUUUCGUGAUGAAGUUAUUUACAUACACUCAUACAUUCAGAGCUUUUUUGAUGGAAUUAAAGGUUAUGGUAAAAAAGUUUCAGAAGUCAAAGACUGUUACCAUCACGCUGUUCAAAAAGCAGGAUAUAAACACAGAGAGAGAAGGAAGUUUUUGAGAACUGCUUUAAAAGAAUUGGGCCUCAUUCUUACUGAUCAACCUGGUCUAUUGGGCCCUAAAGCUUUGUUGAUUUUUAUUGGCCUUUGUUAUUCCAGAGAUGAAGUAUUUUGGCUAUUACGUCACAAUGACAAUCCACCACAAAAAGUAAAAGGCAAAUCAGCAGAAGAUUUAGUUGAUCGACAAUUGCCAGAACUGCUGUUCCAUAUGGAAGAGCUAAGAGCCCUGGUUCGCAAGUACAGUCAAGUCAUGCAAAGAUAUUAUGUCCAGUACUUAUCUGGAUUUGAUGCAGUGGCUUUGAAUUUGAUGAUUCAGAACUUGCAAGUCUGUCCAGAAGAUGAAAGCAUUAUUCUAUCCUCUUUGUGCAAUACAGCUGCUAAUUUGAAUGUGAAGCAAGUGGAAGAUAAUGAGAUAUUUGACUUCAGAGCUUUUCGCUUGGACUGGUUUAGACUCCAAGCAUAUACUUCAGUUGCUAAGACUCCAUUGAACCUUGCUGACCAAAGAGAAUUAGCACAGUUUAUAGACAAAAUGGUUUUCCACACUAAAAUGGUUGAUAAUCUUGAUGAAAUAAUGGUUGAAACUUCCGAUUUAUCACUUUUCUGUUUUUACAGCAAAAUAUUUGAAAAUCAAUUUCACAUGUGUCUAGAGUUUCCAGCACAAAAUCGCUAUAUCAUUGCGUUCCCACUAAUUUGCAGUCAUUUCCAAAACUGCACCCAUGAACUGUGCCCUGAAGAAAGACAUCAUAUAAGAGAAAGAAGUCUUUCUGUAGUGAACAUCUUUUUGGAUGAAAUGGCAAAGGAAGCCAAAAAUAUAAUCACUACAAUUUGUGAUGAGCAGUGCACAAUGAGCGACAAAUUAUUGCCUAAACAUUGCGCACAGACAAUCGCCCAUUUGGCGAAUAGAAAGAAAAAAGAUAAAAAUAAGAAGAACACAAUUGAAAUUGUUAAACCUGGAGCAGAGAGUUAUCGCAAAACCAGAGAGGAAUUAACAACGAUGGACAAACUACACAUGGCCCUGACAGAAUUGUGCUCUGCUAUCAAUUACUGCACAACAGUAAAUGUCUGGGAAUAUACUUUUGCUCCUCGGGAGUAUUUACACCAACACUUAGAGACUAGAUUUUCUAAGGCCUUGGUUGGAAUGGUCAUGUUUAACCAGGAUACAAGUGAAAUAGCAAAACCUUCAGAACUGCUGAUUAGUGUCAGGGCAUAUAUGAACGUACUACAAACAGUUGAAAACUAUGUACACAUUGAUAUUACAAGAGUUUUUAAUAAUUGUCUUCUACAACAAACCCAAAAUAUGGACAGCCAUGGUGAAAAAACCAUUGCAUCCCUGUACACUCAGUGGUAUUCUGAAAUUCUACUGAGAAGAGUAAGUGCAGGAAGUAUUUGCUUCUCUAUGAACCAAAAAGCAUUUGUCAGCCUUACAGCUGAAGGCGCAAUCCCAUUCAAUGCUGAAGAGUACUCUGAUAUAAAUGAACUCAGAGCCUUGGCUGAAUUAAUUGGACCAUAUGGCAUGAAACUGCUAAGCGAAACAUUGAUGUGGCAUAUUGCUAGUCAAGUGCAGGAACUAAAAAAGCUGGUAGUACAAAAUAAGGAAGUUCUUCAGAUGUUAAGGACAAAUUUUGACAAACCAGAUAUAAUGAGAGAACAGUUCAAAAGGUUACAACAUGUGGACAAUGUGUUGCAAAGGAUGACUAUCAUCGGCGUCAUUUUAAGCUUCCGUCAAAUUGCACAAGAAUCGUUGUUGGACGUCUUAGAGCGACGGAUCCCGUUUUUAAUAAGUUCGAUCAAAGACUUCCAGCAGCAGUUGCCCAGCGGAGAUCCAAUGCGCGUAAUAUCGGAGAUGUGUUCAGCUGCAGGUUUAUCUUGUAAGGUAGACCCUACACUCGCGUCAUCUUUACGACAACACAAAGCAGAACUUGAGGAAGAAGAACAUCUUAUUGUCUGUUUGUUGAUGGUUUUCGUCGCAGUGUCACUACCCAGACUCGCCCGCAGUGAGGGCUCUUUCUACAGGCCCUCCCUGGAAGGACACGCGAACAAUAUCCAUUGCAUGGCGCCCGCCAUUAAUCAUAUUUUUGGCGCUUUAUUUACAAUUUGUGGACAAGGAGACAUCGAAGAUCGGAUGAAGGAGUUCCUCGCCCUGGCGUCGUCUUCCUUACUGCGUCUUGGCCAGGAGACUGAUAAAGAAGCAAUAAAAAAUCGGGAAUCUGUUUAUUUGCUGUUGGAUUUGAUUGUUCAAGAAUCACCAUUCCUCACAAUGGAUUUACUGGAAUCCUGUUUCCCUUACGUUUUGAUACGUAAUGCUUACCAUGAAGUGUAUAAACAGGAACAAUUGCUAUUGCAUUCAUAAUUAUUUUGUAGGGGAUUGAUAAUAGAAAACAACCAUGAUUUAAACAUAUUAAUGAAUGAUCAGAAUCUAAAUGUAUUCUUAUUGUCAAAUUCCAAUAUUUAUUAAGACUUUGUAUGCUUGUAAUUGAAAUGCACUUUUUUGCAUAAUGCAUUUUUUUGUAAUUGAAUUGCAUUUUAGGCACAGAAGGUAAACAUAUUGCAAUAUUCCACAUAAAAUCAGGCUUAAUAAGACUGGUAAAACUAUUCCAUUCUUUGUCAAUAAUUCCUUAUGUAAUUGUGUCCAGAUAAUUUCUAUUUAGUCUAAAUAUGUAAGUUUGUUAGCAAAUGAUAAGAGUUUUUAUUUAAGUUUAAGUUAUUGAAAUUAUAUAAAACUACAUAACAUCAACCGCCUGGUGAUGCAUAUUUAUUGCUACGCAUCUGCUUCAUUUUAUCAUAAUUUUUAACUUAAAGCCAAGUAGCGGUAAUUUAGGUCCGAAAAUAGUAUUAAAUUUCUCUGUACUCUUUCUUAACGUGGAAUUGAUUCUUUAUAAUUACGAAAAAAGUAUUUUGGUAAUUAGUUGUAUAAUUGCCCUGCUGAGAUUAUACAUGCUUCUAGGUUUCAAUAGCUAAAUUGGUUAGCCGCAGUUGUCAUUGAAUAUUAAAAUUAUGCCUAUAAAUAGUUCACAAUGUUAUAAAGUAAGCAUAAGUAUUAUUAAUUCGUUUUUUAAGAUUAUAGCGCAGAUUUAUCAACGUAAAGGACAGGACAAUAUUAUGUAUCAUUCGACAUAUUAUUUUACAUAUUUACAGCCAAUAUGUAUUGUCAAUAUCCUUCAUUAUCUCAAUUAUUACUAAAGUUAACGUAAUUAUAAGAUACUUUUGUACCUUGUAUAAUAUUCAACACAAAUAAAAUAAUAAACACAUUGACUGUUUCUCUGGUCACCGCUUCACGAAUCAAUAGGAUACAAAAAUGAAAUGUCUUAAUUCCAUGUAAAAUUUAUUUAUUUUUUCUUUAUUUUGAAAUCACAUGUUGUAACAUUCAUUUUGUUUAAUUAAAAAUAUUCACAUUGUCAUUUAAAUAAUCUAUUACGGUAAUCUAGCUUACACUUAGGAGAAAUAAUGCCAUUGAGUACUACAGUGAUGGAGGUAAUGCUAUCCAUCAGUUACACGAUUGGUCAAGUCACUCUACUCCGGAAACAGUACCCUCGGUUUACAUACAAAUAUACAAUAUUAUAGUACAAUUACGAGAACGAUUGUAUUGUUUCGACAAUCACUAAUAAAAUGGCAUUAAUAUGGUAUACUUAUAA